AAGUUGGCCGCGCUGCGCGCAGGGCUCGUUUUCCUGCCUCUCUCUUUCCAUCUGCCUCUCUCUCUCUCUCCUUCCCUCCCUCCUUCCCUCCCUCCUUCCCUCCCUCCUUCCCUCCCUCCUCCUUUUCUUCCUCCUCCUCCCGAGCCCACAGUACCGCCGAGGCGGUGCAGGCGGUGCAGCCCCGUCUAGCGCUGUGCAGACCCCAGGGCUGGUCCCCGUCGCCGCCCCCGCCGCGGGGAUGCUGCCAGGCGGAGCGCCCGGGCGCUGAGCAGCCUCUCCGGCCGCUUCAGCGGGAACACCGCGCCGCGGGUCACCUUGCAGGGAGGACAUUGGGUGCCUGGCAAGGGCCUCCAGAAGGCUGAAGAGCCCUUAAGCUGUGCAAAGUCCCAUGGAGAGAGGAGGAAAACAGCAUCCUGCCAGGUCCCAGGAGAGCAAAGGAGUUUUGGGAUGGAAAAUGGGAGCCACUCACCUAGCAUGAACUCUAAGGCACAGCAAAAUAAAGGCAACGGGUCCCACUGCCUCGGACACCUUCCAGUAUGGAUGGCUUGGUUGAGCAGAACAGUGUGCUUAUGCACAGUAAAAUCACUGAAGCUGGGAAAAGGAAUGGUUUAAUUAACACAAGGAACUUAGUGGCAGACAGCCGAGAUGGUCUGGUCUCUGUGUAUCCCACCCCUCAGUACCAGAGCCACAGAGCAGGCAGCCUGUCCUCUCUGAGAUGCCCGGAGAAUGGCAGGAGUGACCCUGUGCAGCAGCUCCUGGACCCCAGCAUGCUGCAGCAGACAGUGGAGUCUCACUACAGGCCCAACAUCAUCCUCUACUCCGAGAACGUGCUGCGCUCAUGGGGUGAGAGCCUGGGCUCAGAGUGCUGUGAGACAACAUUCAUCGAGGAGCGCUCACCCACCAAAGACAACCUGGAGUACCCUGACAGCAAAUUCAUAGACCUCUCUGAGGACGACAUCAAGAUCCACACCCUCUCCUAUGAGGUGGAGGAAGAGGAGGAUUUCCAGGAACUAGAGAGUGAUUACUCAAGUGACACUGAGAGUGAGGACAACUUUCUGGUGAUGCCACCAAGGGAUCAUCUUGGUCUCACUGUGUUCUCCAUGCUCUGCUGCUUCUGGCCACUGGGAAUUGCAGCCUUUUACCUAUCCCAUGAGACAAACAAAGCAGUAGCCAAGGGGGAUUUCCACCAUGCAAGCUCCAGCUCCCGGCGAGCUCUCUUCCUGGCUGUCCUCUCCAUCACAAUUGGAACUGGCAUCUACGUUGGGGUAGCGGUGGCUCUUAUUGCCUACCUGUCAAAGAACAACCAUCUAUGAGCCUCAGGAAAGAGGGAAGAACCAGCCAACUUGGCUCCUGCAGAAGUCCCCAGCACAUCAGACUGCGUGGUUUUCCAAAAAGAGACAAACACUUUCUGGGGGCAGGUACAGGAUGAGAUGGGCUUGUGCAUUGUUGUAGGGUGGGAAACUGUAGGGGCUGGGGGAAGUUCCACCAUUUGUGAUGCACAAGUCUUGCUUAUCUUCAUCAACCUCUGUACAAAAAAGGGAAAGAAAGAGCAAAAGAGAGACAAAGAAUAAAAAAAAAAAAGGAAAAAAAUAAAAGGAAGGAAAAUGGGGGAUGUGUGGAGAAGGGUGUUUUGCCUUUGCCUUCUUUUCAAUAUGGUGUUUACAAGCAUCUGGCAAAUUGGGCUGUUCCCUCAGUACCUUCUUGGUCAACUGAACUUCGCCGCUAGCAUGAGCUUGUGCUUAAUUUGCUUGUUAAGCACUGCACUGAGACCUGGGAAAGCAUGGACAGCAACUGGUUCUCUGAAAGAGCAAUAUAAAAACAAGAGGAAGAAUAUGGCUUGUUUUGUCAUUUGAACGCAGGACUCAUUUGCCUAAGAGAGAAUCAGACACCUCAUCACAGAAUGGCAUUGCCUAUUCCUCUUGUUAGGGGUAGGUUUCCAUGAAAGGAGAAAAGGAAAUUAAAAACAUUUUUACUUCCAUUCCUUGGAUUAAGGUGUGCCCCAUAGGCCCACUCAGCGAAGAACAGCUGUGGUUACCGCCGCAUGGCUUGGCUCUUCAGAGAGAAUGCUAUUUCAAAUUAACAUGAGACCCAUCGUAAAAUUAAUUCCUCCAUCCAGUCACAUAGUGAUAAUGGCACUUUACUGUGGCAUUAUUGCUCAUCUGGGCUGCUCCACCUUGCCAUGGAGACCUGCACAGCAGUCAGCGCAAGAAAUCUGGGGAAAAAUUCAAACUGAAAUACUACAAAGUUUUCACUUUAAAAAGGUAAAGCAUGGGAAUUAACCAGAGAAAGGAAUGCUUCAUGCAUUUCUGGGGUCCUGCUCAUAUACUGACCAGUGAUCAUCACUCAGAUCAGAAGCUCAUAGCUCAGCUAUGAAGGAUGUGGCAUAGCCAUGGAAAGACAAGUCUGUUCCCCAAUAAGCAGAGCAGUGGUAAAUUGUAGGAGAAUUGAGCUUUGUCCUUACUUCACUGACUGAAAUGAUACAUUUAUUUUCUUCUUUACUAGCUCCCCACACUCAACUGUUUUUUUGUCUUACAGAUUUCUCUGCACUCAACUAUUUUUUGUCUUACCAUUUCGUCCCACCUCAGGGUGUGUGUAUCAGCAUAAGCAUAUACAUGUAUAUAUACAUACACACACACACACACACACACACACACACACACACACACACACAGAGGGGAAAAACAAUAAAUGACCAUUUUAUUAUCCAA